ACAACUGUACAAAGACAGCAGUCCCAUGAAAGACAGCAAGAAAAUGCCGUGGGUCUUCUUGUGGCACACCAACUCAUCUGAAAUGAGAAAAGACAACCAUGAGGUUGCAGAAGGCAAAGAUCUUAAAAAGAAGAGCAAAGCAUUGGGUGUAGAAAUGAAAAACUAUUUGAUGUCUCUUGUGCCACACAUAGAAGCCGCUGACAUCAAGUAUUCCAGCUCCAAAGCUGUAAUGCUUUCUGCAGAAGAAGUGAUGCAGUGGUCCCAGUCUCUAGAAAAGCUUCUGGAAACCCAGUAUGGUCAAGAAGUUUUCAGAGAAUUUCUGAAAUCCGAGUUCAGUGAUGAAAACAUUGAGUUUUGGCUUGCUUGUGAGGACUACAAGAAAACCCAAGCUGAUCGUUUACAUGGCAAAGCAGAGAAGAUUUACAAGGAGUACGUUCACUCAGAUGCUAAAAAGCAAGUCAACAUUGACUUUCACACAAGAAAAUCCAUAGCUGAGAAGGCUCAGGAUCCAACACCUUCAAGCUUUGACGAGGCCCAGAGACUUGUGUAUUUACUGAUGGAAAGGGACUCCUAUCCGAGAUUCCUCAAGUCCAGGUUCUAUCAUAACCUCCUAAGUAAAGUUCAGUGCAACAGUCUCAAGUGAGGGUUCUAGUGAGAGCCAAGGAUGAGAUCUGAAGCUUCUCUGGCAUUGAAAGUAGUUCAGGUGUGGCUGGAGUUCACCACACAAAAUGGGAACUGUUGGAACUGAGAAUGAAUGGAGAGUUUGGAACUGUCAGAACAUAAGCUAGUCUGCAAGAGACAUCCCAACCAGAUGAGCAUGUCUGGAUGAUGUUUUUCAAGAAGAGAGUGAAAGGAAGAGAAUCCAUAUUGUCCUGGCACCACUGAACUAAGGACCACUACUCAUGUUAUCAUGUUCUUUCUCUCAGCAAUGAUCGCUAGUGUCACCAUGUGAGAAGGAUGUGUGUCUCUAUUCAUGCUAUUGCUAAGAGCCAUGCAUUAUGUGUGUCACUUGAGUUCUUAUCACUUGAUUAUUGCAACUGAACAUAUGAACUGAGUCCCUUGACAAGCAUUGCCUGUGAAGUAUUAGGAGUUGAUGUGCAAGGCCUCCCUCUUGUGGCCCAUGCACAUAUGCAUAUCCCUCGAUGCUCCAAGCAGUCAUUGAGGAAGAAACGUGCAUGUGUGAACUAGCCUCGAAUCAACCUAGGCAACACACAUCAGCUCCAACUUCAGUGUGCUCCACAACAUGAAUGUUAAGAAUCAGAGUAGCUUAUGAGAAGGAAAAUCUGUAAUUUUUUUUAUCUCUGACUAGGGGUUUGGAGACAAAUUUUAAUCCAGUUUGCACAGGUUGUGACCCACUAAGCUGAACACCAUUGACCUGUGAUGUGUGGUGACCAAACAGGUGCUCAACAAUGUUUGAGCCCCUGCAGUCCUGUCCCAUAACACAUAACUGACCACACAACAUGUCUGUCGUUGAGUUUGGCAGGCUGCAAGUUGUCCCAUCCAGUGUUAAAUGCAUCCAUACUGACAACAGCAGCAGCAUUUUAAAAGGCCGUGCUGGGAAUAUUUAACUAAGACGUAACACUUCAAGUCAAGGCA